AUGUCGAGUUCUCAUACAUUUGAUAUGCAUGAUACGCAACAAACUCACCAUGAGAAGAAUGCAAAAAGGAGGACGAAGACUAUUGACAGAGUUUCUUGCUUCAUUUGUAGAGAAAGGGGACAUGUAGCAAGUUUAUGUCCACAUAAGAGCAAAUCCAGCAAGUCAAAGCAUUCAUGUGACUCAAGUGACCGAGAUAUUGAAGAUGCAAAAGUUCAAUUGAGAAAGAACAAGGGUAAACAAGUUGAAGAAAGGUCAACAAGUGUUUCGCCCAAAAGGAUUUCUCAAAAUAACUCACCCGCACGGAGUGGAUCUCCUAGAAAUUCCUCAAGGUAUGCUGCUAAGGAGCAAGGAAGGCCAAGAAGUGUAUCUCCUAAGAAACCUUCAGAUGGCAGUCAAGCUCAGGGCAAAACACCAAAAAGGAAUUCCGCUCCAAAACGAGAAGUUUUCAAUCGUGUUGGUAAUGAUGAUACAUAUUUCUAUGAUCGACUCAACGGAAUGGUUAAAACUGGUCGUUCAUCUUUGUUUCGAAAGCACAGUCCAAGGAGAAAGAUUGAAAUAUCUCCAGAGAGGGUUCCUAGAAACAAGAGACAGCCUUCAAAGUCCAGAACUCCAACAAAGAGUGAUGGAUAUUGGACAAAUGUCUCAGUGAAAGAUGAGGACGGUAAAUUCAAGUCUACUGAGGCUUGGGUACCGUUCAACAACUAG